AAAUAUUUUAAUUAAUGAGUGCUGAUUCGGAGGAACAGAAUAGGUAAAUUAACAUGCAAAUGAUUACGAAGGGAUGUUUCAAAUGACCCAUAACCAAAACCUGACAAUAAGAAAGUGCAAGAUUUUACAGAGGAUUGGGGGUAUUAAGGGAACCCAUCACCGCGAUUUACACCUAUGCCCUAUCCAUAACUAUUUCCUCCCAUGUGUCCUCCUCCAUUUGAGUUAGAAAAAUAAGGUACCAUGAUGACCUUCUAUGCAAGUCUAUCAUGACUAUGAUCCACAGAAAUAUCCCCAUAUGAACAGCGACAGGAAGGGACAAAGUAGAUAUCCUUAUCCAAAGCAUUUAUUAGGUGAAGUUCCACACAUGGAUCACAUUGACGACGAUCCCCAUCGUAUCCCUGUUCAUUACCCUUUCGGCUAUUAUCCCCCAAUGAAAUACCCGCCACAACCGAUGUUUAUGAAAUAUCCACCUCCUCCACAACAAGGCUAGGCUUAUAUGGUUCCACAAAAUCCAUGGUAUCCUCCAAGACCAUAGUAAUAAUUGAUGCCCCCAUUUUGCUAUUAUCCCUAAUCCCAGUACGAUGGACUCUAAUGCCAAAACACAGUUUCCAAGGAACUGCAAUCCAAAGUGUUUCAGUUGGUUUAGUAUCAAAAAGUGUCGGAUUUCCAAUGUAAUUGCAAAAAAAGCAAAUGCCUCAAACUCUAUUGCGAAUGCUUUGCCAAUAAUUGGGUAUUAGACUUCAUAAUAUUUAUAAUAAAAGGUGUGUUCUCAAAGCUGCAAUUGCUAGGAUUGCAAAAACAGAAUCGAUAAUCCACAAGAGAGAUCGAAGGCAAUUGAGGAAGCAUUGCUCAGAAAUCCAGAUGCUUUUGCAUAGUGUUUUCAACAAAAGAGUUAAACCUAAUUCUCUGUCCAAUAACAAGGUAAUUUCAGGUCUGUAUAUUAAGAUAAACCACUCAAAGAACCCACCAAGGAAAACUCCAAUAUCACAAGGAAGGGGUGUAAUUGCAAGAAGUCUGGGUGCAAAAAGAAGUAUUGUGAAUGCUAUAGUCAAAACUUGAAAUGCAGUGAUUUGUGCAAAUGUGAGUAGUGUCUUAAUAGAACUGAUGCCGAGAUCCAAGCUUAACAAGACAUUGCCCAAGUCUUGAACUCUCAAGACUAGGUCAAUGUGGACAUUAAGGUCAAUCAAAAGUCUAAAAAGAUUAAGAAGGUUGGAAAUGGAAAUGAAGACAAAAGCGAUUCGCAAAAACCUGUGGUCUAAUUGAAAAUCAAUGUGAAUAAUAAUAGUAGUCGAAAAAAGCUAGAUAAAAAGUGAAGAAUAACCAUUAUAUUUAAUUCAUCUAUCC